CAGCAGCAUCAGGACCCGAAGCCGCGGGCUCGGGCGCGCUCUCGAAGGCGCGGAGCACGACCGCGCCGCGCGCUCCCGCGCCGCCUCGGCAUCAUCAGCCCCGGCAGCAGCCCCCGCAGUCGCUGGAGCGGCCGCGCCCGCCGCAGGGAGGGAGGAGCAUCUGGGGAGGCUCCAAGUUGGCGGAGCGACUGGGACCCCCGGACUCUUCUGCGUGCGCCCUGGGAGGGCCCGAGACGCGAGCGGGGGAGGGGGCGCCUCCCGGUCCCCAGCCCCAAGCCCUGACCCCCUACCCGCGGAGGCACCAUGCGCGCUGAGCCGGCGUGACCGGCUCCGCCCGCAGCCUCCCCGCAGCCUCGCUUGGCGCUCUCGCCGGCCACACCGAGCGGCGCCCGGGAGCUAUGAGCCAUGAAGCCGCCCGGCAGCAGCUCCCGGCGGCCGCCCGUGGCGGGCUGCAGCCUUCCGCGAGCUUCCAGCGGCCCCCGCGGCGGCCCCGCCGGCCCGGCGCCCGCCCGCGCCCUGGCCCGCGUGCCGCCCCGCCGCCUGCUUCUCGUCCUUCUCCUGCUGCCUUCACUCGCCGCCUCGUCCCGGCCCCGCGCCUGGGGGGCUGCUGCACCCAGCGCUCCGCAUUGGAAUGAAACUGCAGAAAAAAAAUUGGGAGUCCUGGCAGAUGAAGACAACACAUUGCAACAGAAUAGCAGCAGUAAUAUCAGUUACAGCAAUGCAAUGCAGAAAGAAAUCACACUGCCUUCAAGACUCAUAUAUUACAUCAACCAGGACUUGGAAAGCCCUUACCAUGUUCUUGACACAAAGGCAAGACACCAGCAAAAACAUAACAAGGCUGUCCAUCUGGCCCAGGCAAGCUUCCAGAUUGAAGCCUUUGGCUCCAAAUUUAUUCUUGACCUCACACUGAACAAUGGUUUGCUGUCUUCUGAUUAUGUGGAGAUUCACUACAAAAACGGGAAACCACUGUACUCUAAGGGUGGAGAGCACUGUUACUAUCACGGAAGCAUCCGCGGUGUCAAGGACUCCAGGGCAGCUCUGUCGACCUGCAAUGGACUUCAUGGUAUGUUUGAAGAUGAUACGUUUGUGUAUAUGAUAGAACCACUAGAGCUGAUUCAUGAUGAGAAAAGCACAGGUCGACCACAUAUAAUCCACAAAACGUUGGCAGGACAAUAUUCUAAGCAGAUGAAGAAUCUCAGUAUGGAAAGCAGCGAGCAGUGGCCCUUUCUGUCUGAAUUACGGUGGUUGAGAAGGCGAAGGAAGAGAGCAGUGAAUCCAUCUCGUGGUGUGUUUGAAGAAAUGAAAUACUUGGAACUUAUGAUUGUUAAUGAUCACAAAACGUACAAGAAGUAUCGCUCUUCUCAUGCACACACCAACAACUUCGCAAAGUCUGUGGUCAACCUUGUGGAUUCUAUUUACAAGGAGCAGCUCAAUACCAGGGUUGUUCUGGUAGCUGUAGAGACCUGGACUGAGAAGGAUCAUAUUGACAUCACCACCAACCCUGUGCAGAUGCUCCAUGAAUUCUCCAAAUACCGGCAGCGCAUCAAGCAGCAUGCUGAUGCUGUGCACCUCAUCUCGCGUGUGACAUUCCACUACAAGCGAAGCAGUCUGAGCUACUUUGGAGGUGUCUGUUCUCGCACAAGGGGAGUUGGUGUAAAUGAGUAUGGUCUUCCAAUGGCAGUGGCACAAGUAUUAUCGCAGAGCCUGGCUCAAAACCUUGGAAUCCAAUGGGAACCUUCUAGCAGAAAGCCAAAAUGUGACUGCACAGAAUACUGGGGUGGCUGCAUCAUGGAGGAAACAGGGGUAUCCCAUUCCCGAAAGUUCUCAAAGUGCAGCAUUUUGGAGUAUAGAGACUUUUUACAGAGAGGGGGUGGAGCCUGUCUUUUCAACAGGCCGACAAAGCUGUUUGAGCCCACGGAAUGUGGGAAUGGAUAUGUUGAAGCUGGGGAGGAAUGUGACUGUGGCUUCCAUGUGGAAUGCUAUGGAUUGUGCUGUAAGAAAUGCUCCCUCUCCAAUGGGGCCCAUUGCAGCGACGGGCCCUGCUGUAACAAUACCUCAUGUCUCUUUCAGCCACGAGGGUAUGAUUGUCGGGAUGCCGUGAAUGGGUGCGAUAUUACGGAAUACUGUACUGGGGACUCUGGCCAGUGCCCACCAAAUCUUCAUAAGCAAGAUGGAUAUGCAUGCAAUCAAAAUCAGGGCCGCUGCUACAAUGGGGAGUGCAAGACCCGCGAUAACCAGUGUCAGUACAUCUGGGGAGCAAAGGCUUCCGGGUCUGACAAGUUCUGUUAUGAAAAGCUGAAUACAGAAGGCACGGAGAAGGGAAACUGUGGGAAGGAUGGAGACCGAUGGAUUCAGUGCAGCAAACAUGAUGUGUUCUGUGGAUUUUUACUCUGUACCAAUCUUACUCGGGCUCCACGUAUUGGUCAACUUCAGGGUGAGAUCAUCCCAACUUCCUUCUACCAUCAAGGCCGAGUGAUUGACUGCAGUGGUGCUCAUGUGGUUUUAGAUGAUGAUACAGAUGUGGGCUAUGUGGAAGAUGGGACGCCAUGUGGCCCAUCGAUGAUGUGUUUAGAUCGCAAGUGCCUACAGAUUCAGGCUCUCAAUAUGAGCAGCUGCCCGCUCGAUUCCAAGGGUAAAGUCUGUUCAGGCCAUGGGGUGUGUAGUAAUGAAGCCACCUGCAUUUGUGAUUCUACCUGGGCUGGGACCGACUGCAGUAUCCGGGAUCCAGUUAAGAACCGUCAGCCUCCCAAGGAUGAAGGACCCAAGGGUCCUAGUGCCACCAAUCUCAUAAUAGGCUCCAUCGCUGGUGCCAUCCUGGUAGCAGCUAUUGUCCUUGGGGGCACAGGAUGGGGAUUUAAAAAUGUCAAGAAGAGGAGGUUCGAUCCUAGCCAACAAGGCCCCAUCUGAACCUGCUGCACUGGAGAAACGGUGCCUCGUGCUGUUGGAUCUGGGUAUGACAUACUUGUAGCAACAUUGCCAGAACUAUUAAGUCUGUAAACAAGAACCCUGAGUGGUGAUGACUACAGAACUAAAGUUGGGGUGACAGGGAUGAGUUAAAAAAAACAAACUGUCCUGUUUGGAAAUAAUUUCAAAGAACUCCGCCCACCACCCGUCAAUAAAAGGGGCAAAAGACAAUGUUAUAAAAAAGAACUAUUUCAGAAUCAGAAUAUUUUUUUUCUAACUAAAGGAAGAAGGAACAACAACAACAAACAUUAAGUGCAAUAAAAGAACCAUUAAAAAUAGCAAAUGAUUUUUUUUUCCCUUCCUCAGCCUGCUGGCACUUAAUAUCUUCUAAAUGAUUUGGCAUGAUUUUUUUUUCUCCUUUUCCUACCAAUGACACACUCCAGUGGCAUGAAGAUCUAAUUUUCGAAGGGGUACAAUCUGCAUGGCAUAUAUACAACAAGCAGCUAGCAAGCCAAUCCGCAGCAAAAACUACAAUUGAAUUCCUAAGAUGCCGGUGACAGAUGAACGCAAGGAAGCUGCCUGGCCCCCAUCCCCUAGGGCAGACCAGGCCACGAGGACCUGUAGACGCCCCUGCUCCUGUUGAUUCACUUCCCCCAUGGUCUUUUCUCCCGGGCCAAGCAGCCUCUGGAAAUGGGAGCUGGAAUUGGAGCAAGGAUGCUAUUGUAGAGUCCUUUUAUAAAUGUAAAUAUGGAAAUAAGAGAUUUUGACACAUCGUUUUCACUUGUCUGUAUUGAGAUAUUUUUCUUGUAAAGGUUCUCUGUAAACUUGAGUUGAUUGUUUGCUCCCCAUCCAUUUGGUUUCUUGUCUCUAUUUCUUUUUCUGUCUCUGUUCUCUCUUGUAACAUGUGGGACAGUGAUUGUUGGGCUUGCUUACAAAAGACAUGUAGCCAUAGAUGCAGGGAGUUGGUGCACAAAACAGGUUCAAUUUAAAAAUGAAAUGCACGAAACCAAAAAUACACAAGGUGGGGAUGGGGGACACCAAACAACAAAAUAGCCCAUAUUGAAGACACAGAAGUGAUGUAAGUGCAAAUAUAUGUACUGCUAAGUCUCUAAAUUUUUUUGAUGUCCUUAUAGACAUAUGUAUAUAAUGUAAGAAAGCAGACACCCUCUCCGAUUAAUCACAAAAGUGCCAAGCUCAUGAUUUUCAUUUUGGGUUUUGACAGUUUUCUUUCCCUGUCUUUAAUGUGAAAGGAGGAUAAACUUAAAGCCUUAAAUUAAAACAAAAAAAUUUUUUUUUAAUGUUGAAGGCUUAGAAAAAAAGUUAAGCUUUCCAUUUUAUUCAUAUCUAUUAUUGUCAAUAUGUCGUUCAUGCUUCAUCUUCCUGGUAGAACCCCACUGUAAAACCAGUCAUGGAGACAGAAACAGCAGUUACCUUCUUGGGAGCACUCUUGAGAUAGUCUUUUAUUCUGUGUGUUGUGUUUUCAGCAAACCUUGUUUGGUCCUCAGUAUGUUGCUGGUCUGUGGGAUGUUGCACUGGAAUGCACCGGGAUUCUGCUAGACAGAAAUUCCCCUUCUUUGCCCUCCAGGCAGAUUUGCAGUGUAAUCUGGGUUCGCAAGUCCCUCUGAGUUUAUUUCACUUUCACUGAGGUUUCUUCUUCCAUAAACGUGGUCAUGAUGGAUUCCUUUCAAGUGUGAAUUAUAUAUGCUAAUAAAGAAAUUUGGUCCUCGCAUUGUUUGGAAUGUACAGACUUGUA